CAAUCUCUGCUUUCUCACACUCUCUCUCUCAACCUUUUCAUUUUCUCUCUCUGAAUCCAAAAGGGGAUCUCAUGGCAACCUCAGUGGAAUCAUCGUCUCCUGAUACUUUCAUUAAGGGAUCUACAUGCUUGAUGGUUUCAUCUCCAAUGUUCAGUCCAUCAUCAGAUAAGCGCUUCUGGAGCACUCUCCGUAGCCGUAUCGACACGCUUCUCGAGAGUCGGAAACCUAUUGAUCUAUCUUUGUCCACCCAAAUUAAUGGUGGUGGAGGAGCGGACCGCGCAAAGCGUCUGAAGGAGGACUCUUUGCUUCUUCUCAGAGGGUUUGACUCUGUUGGCUAUUCCUUGUCUCAGCUGUCUCACAAUCUGGAGAAUGCCCUUCAGGGAACAAGAGAUCUUACUAGGCCACCCACAUUCACUGAUAUGGUUCACAACAUUUCGGAGAAGGCCAAUGGUGAAGAACAAUCAAAUAGAGAAGAAGAAAAGAAUGAAGAUAACAAUAGACGAUUGAAAAGGAAAUUUGACUCUAAAGAAUGGUCUCAGGGGGAGGAUGAUUCACCAAAAGAGAAUGGGAAGAGCCAGAAUGCUUUGGGAAACCUGAAGAAAGCCAAGAAUCUUGCAAUUUCCAUGGCGACCAGAGCGGCUUCACUUGCAAGAGAAUUGAAAUCAAUAAAAUCAGAUUUAGGUUUUAUGCAAGAGCGGUGUGCUCUUAUUGAGGAGGAGAAUAGGAGGCUUCGUGAAGGUUUUUCCAGAGGAAUGAGGCCUGACGAAGAUGAUCUGGUAAGGCUUCAAUUGGAGGCACUCCUAGCUGAGAAGUCCAGAUUAGCAAAUGAGAAUGCAAACUUAACUAGGGAAAACCAAUGCCUUCACAAUCUUGUGGAGUACCACCAGCUCAACUCUCAAGAUCUCUCUGCAUCCUAUGAGGAUUUAAUAAGGGGAAUCUGCCUGGACUUUUCAUCUCCACCGCCAUCCAUACCUGAAGAGGAUGAAGAUACUUGUACUGAUGAAGCUACAAAAACACCCAGAACUGAUGUGUUUGGAUUCUCCACUUCUUUGGAUCAAUGCUAUGGUGAGGAAGAACAGAUGAUUAAAAAUUGUUGAAGGGAUGACCAUGGGAGUGGCUUAUUGUUUGAUAACUUCAUUGGAAUGGGGCUGAAUAUCAACUCCCAUGUGUAAAUUUUGAUCUCUGCUUCUUAGUGGAGAAUUUUGAAGAAAUUGUUUGCAACAAUGAUGUAGGAUUGGAAUGUCAUAAAACUCACAAUAAAGAGAGAAGGAUUGAAUUAAUUUUAAGAACUGC